AUGACCCCAACACCGCCGUCAUGUCCUGGGGGCUCUACUACCGCGUCCCCAACUACAACGGUCGAACCCACGACGCCCCCUCCUAUGAGCUCUACUACAGCAUCCCCAACUACAACGGCCGAACCCACGACGCCCCCACCUAUGAGCUCUACUACAGCAUCCCCAACAACAACAGCCCAACCCACGACGCCCCCGCCUACAGUGCCAUCCACUACAAUGUCCUCAUCUACUAUGACCCCAACACCACCGUCAUGUCCUGGGGGCUCUACUACAGUAUCCCCAACUACAACGGCCCAAACCACGACGCCUCCUCCUAUGAGCUCUACUACAGCAUCCCCAACUACAACAGCCCAACCCACGACGCCCCCGCCUACAGUGCCGUCUACUACAAUGUCCUCAUCUACUAUGACCCCAACACCGCCGUCAUGUCCUGGGGGCUCUACUACCGCAUCCCCAACUACAACGGUCGAACCCACGACGCCCCCUCCUAUGAGCUCUACUACAGCAUCCCCAACUACAACGGUCGAACCCACGACGCCCCCACCUAUGAGCUCUACUACAGCAUCCCCAACUACAACAGCCCAACCCACGACGCCCCCGCCUACAGUGCCAUCCACUACAAUGUCCUCAUCUACUAUGACCCCAACACCACCGUCAUGUCCUGGGGGCUCUACUACAGUAUCCCCAACUACAACGGCCCAACCCACGACGCCCCCUCCUAUGAGCUCUACUACAGCAUCCUCAACUACGACGGCCCAAACCACGACGCCUCCUCCUAUGAGCUCUACUACAGCAUCCCCAACUACUACAGCCCAACCCACGACGCCCCCGCCUACAGUGCCGUCUACUACAACGUCCUCAUCUACUAUGACCCCAACACCACCGUCAUGUCCUGGGGGCUCUACUACCGCAUCCCCAACUACAACGGUCGAACCCACGACGCCCCCUCCUAUGAGCUCUACUACAGCAUCCUCAACUACGACGGCCCAAACCACGACGCCUCCUCCUAUGAGCUCUACUACAGCAUCCCCAACUACAACAGCCCAACCCACGACGCCCCCGCCUACAGUGCCGUCUACUACAAUGUCCUCAUCUACUAUGACCCCAACACCGCCGUCAUGUCCUGGGGGCUCUACUACCGCAUCCCCAACUACAACGGUCGAACCCACGACGCCCCCUCCUAUGAGCUCUACUACAGCAUCCUCAACUACGACGGCCCAAACCACGACGCCUCCUCCUAUGAGCUCUACUACAGCAUCCCCAACUACAACAGCCCAACCCACGACGCCCCCGCCUACAGUGCCGUCUACUACAAUGUCCUCAUCUACUAUGACCCCAACACCGCCGUCAUGUCCUGGGGGCUCUACUACCGCAUCCCCAACUACAACGGUCGAACCCACGACGCCCCCUCCUAUGAGCUCUACUACAGCAUCCUCAACUACGACGGCCCAAACCACGACGCCUCCUCCUAUGAGCUCUGCUACAGCAUCCCCAACUACAACAGCCCAUCCCACGACACCCCCGCCUACAGUGCCGUCCACUACAAUGUCCUCAUCUUCUAUGACCCCAACACCACCGUCAUGUCCUGGGGGCUCUACUACAGUAUCCCCAACUACAACAGCCCAACCCACGACGCCCCCUCCUAUGAGCUCUACUACAGCAUCCUCAACUACGACGGCCCAAACCACGACGCCUCCUCCUAUGAGCUCUGCUACAGCAUCCCCAACUACAACAGCCCAACCCACGACACCCCCGCCUACAGUGCCGUCCAUUACAAUGUCCUCAUCUUCUAUGACCCCAACACCACCGUCAUGUCCUGGGGGCUCUACUACAGCAUCCCCAACUAUAACGGCCCGGCCCAUGACGUCACCCCUAACAAUGCCCUCAUCUACAGUAACCCCUACCCCACCGUCAUGUAAAUGA